AAAAAACUGAACUGAAGGCGCCAAGCAGCAAGUCGAGCUCAGCGUCUGCGAUUUGCCUGAACAGAUGUGGAACAUUCGACGACAAGGUAAGAUAUUUUCUAUAUUUAUAAAUGAUUAAGACUUCGACAUCAACUAUUUUUAUAAUUUAAUUGAUAUGAUUUGUAAUAAAUAUCUUAUUUUCGCCGUGACUGCACUUUUUGAGGAAUGAACUUUUUCGGCCUAUCCAGUUAACGUUAACAUAUUAUAAGUUAAAGACUGUGUAAUCAGUUUAGUAUUAUAAGAUUUAUUGUCGACUGACUAUGUGCAUUAUUUUUGAAUUAGCCAGAUUCAUUUUCGCAUAUGAUGUUUGAUAACGGCUCCUUGAUUUCGACGUGCAUUUUACUUUGUCAAAUGCCAAAACGUUGCACAAACACAGUCAAUCGAACGUGCUGUAGGCCUAUGUAAAAGUUAUAGUGCUACAUGUAUCGUUGUAUAGAAUUUAUCGUUAAAACAAAUAUCUUAAAACAUAUUUUAACAUUGAUCAUUUAAGAUUUAAGCCUGCGUUACUGUCGACUGACUAUGUCUGCGUAAUUUAUCAAUAUACAACUUGUCAUCUCGACGUAAGUUAGGCCUACAUUUUAAUUUGCUUCAAAAAUCUUUAGAAUAUGCCAAAACAUUAAACAAACAUACUUAAUCGACCGUAUAUGAAAGUUAUUUAGAUGAAAAAGUUUAUAGGAUUCCAUUAAGUUGAAAAUGCUUUCUUUUUUUAAUGCUGAGUUAAAAAUUAAAACAACAACAACAAAAAAAACUAACUUUAUGUCUUUGCUAUUUCAGAGUCGUCAUCCAUUUGACACUAUUACAACAUUUCUGGCUCUGGUUUGCCACAAUCACUCAAUUACGAUAUGUGAGUUUGGGGAAUGUGGCAAUGUAAAGUGUGUGGGACAGAAUUAUCCAGUAGGAGGAAGACGAAUGGUAACCCUGAAGAGGCACAUCCUCAUCUAAGUAAAGUAGGGAAAAAUGUCAAGUCCGGCCAUUCUGAGGAUUGUUUUUGGUGGGGAUGACGAUGCAAGGAAACUUGCACUUAAGACAGGAAUCCCAAAGUCUCUGGAUGACCUUGUCCUUGAAAUUAUGACUGUUUUUGGGGUGAAGCAAAAGUUCAGGCUCCAGUACAAAGGUAAGGACUUUGGGAAUGAAUACAUGAAUCUCAUGUCAACCAGUCAAAUUGAAAACAGGGAUACCCUGAAACUGAUUUUUCUAUCAACUGAUGAGUCCAGCAUGCAAGAGACUGCACCUGAUGCACCUGCCUGCUCCACCAUUACUGUAACUUCACCCGGUUCAACAUGUAGCUCUGAUACUCCUGACAUGAGAGAUGUUAACGCAUGUGCUAUUGACUCAGUCCAGGAAGUCAAUUUAUCUGAUGACUCGUUUUGCAGCACCUCUGACACUGUCAUAGUGUCGUCUCCCGAGUCAAGAACCGGUUGUUGGCCUCAGGUUUUUAUAGUUCCUCGAUUUUCAUGUUCUGCUGAAAUUCAGCUUCAAAGAGCUGACACAGAGUUCAGCAACAGUGGAAUGCUACUUAUUCCACCACCAAAACUAAGAUCGGACAUUCUUGAAGGCAUGGCUGAGGAGAUCUUUAGGUAUGCAGCAUACCCCACUGAUAGUCAGCUUGACCAGGCAGCUGAAGCCCUGAUAAAUGCACAUCCUUGCUUGAGGGAAAAGGGAACUCGCACUGGCCAUGAAGGAUGGAAACAUUAUCUAAAGAUUAAGAUGUCUAAUUUUCGCUCAAAACUCAGCAAGAUUGGACACCCUGAAAUCUCUGUGAAUUCUCUUAGGAACAAGCGUAAAGGUCAGGGUAAAGCAGCAUCCAACAUCAAAAAGCCAAGAAAGGCUGAAGUAAAUUUCCUUCCUUGUCUCCCAAAAGGAGAAACAGCAGAGAGCAUGGAGAAGGAAAGAAUUGCUCUCUUGACUGAAGUGAAAAAGAAAAAUAAUGAGGCAGUCAUUAAGGAAAAAAUGCAAUUGACCUUCUCCUAUAGACGACAAGAGUUGGUUGAAGACUUGGCAGUCGUGUCUGAUUUACAAAGCAGGUGGCCUGCGCUGUUCACAGUAAAUGAAAUAAAUGCAGAAUUCAUGCGGAUAACAACUGUACCACUUCUGUCAAAGUUCUUGGCGCAGCUUGACAGAUACACUGUUAAUCUACACAAGGUUUUCAGCAGCAAAGGUGGUGCUUCUGGACAGAAGAUAUCACGCAUUAUGGCAAUUGCAGACAAGUGUGAUGACAUACACAUCAAACGAGACUGUGUUAUAAAAAGUCUGUGUGUAUACCUCAAUGAGGACAUUACAACACUCGUCAAAGAAUUUGAGGACUGCAAUUCUGAAGAAGCAGAGAAAGUAAUUUCUGAGACCACUCUGGGCCUUUUUGUGAUCCGUAAAGAAGGUGCUGUUGCUGAGGAAGAGCCAGAGGAUGUUGGAGUAGUGAUAGAGGGUGUGCAGCUGUUGCAGCAGUUGAAGAGCGUUUCUUUUGGAUUGGUAAUGCUGUUUGGACUGAUCUACGCUCUCAACUUAAGCUACCCUCAGAGUCUCAAAUUCACGUUUGAAUUCUUUCAAAAGGUACUGAUGAAUUUGGAUGGCAGCAAGCUUUCCCCAAAGGUUCAGGCACUUAAAAUUAAAAUGUUUCAGUGAAUAGAACAUUCACUUCUUGUCUAGAUGUUUCUAACAUCUGAAGGGAGAUUGAAAACUUUUUCAACAUUCAAGACUGAUGCACUGAAAGAAAUUUUGCGAUGGACUGAUGACACUAACUCCAGCUUGCAAGAGACUGUACCUACUGCACCAAUUUUGAUUUUGAAGCUCUGAUACUCUUGACACAAGAGAUUUAAGCCCUUGUGCUAUUGAUUCCGUCCAGGAACUUAUCUGAUGACU